AUGCGACACAGCGAAGAGCGUGAGGAGGCGGAGCUGGCUCUGCUCUCCGGGAACGAGGACUCGACCUCGAAUACGGACAUCGAUGAUCUCGAUUUCGAAGAUCUCGAGGCCAACCGCAAAGAAGAAUCAUCCACGACGAUAGCAGAACCGGUGGAAUACCAAACGCCGACGACGGUGAAGUUUAUAUGGGUGACCUGCUAUUUCGGAUUCAGCAUGGCGCUGACCAUCUACAACAAAUUGGUCCUCGGAUCGUUUCGAGCACCAUGGCUCUUGACGUGUCUGCAUACCUCAUUUAGUGCCCUUGGCACACUCAUUUUGCUGCAAAUGGGAUACUUUAAGCUAUCCACACUCGGUCGCCGGGAACAUCUGAUUCUCGUGCUAUUCUCCAUUCUCUUUACGACGAACAUUGCCAUGUCUAAUCUCUCACUCUCGCUCGUGUCCCUCGCUUUCUUCCAAAUCAUCCGCAACAUGGUUCCGCUGUUUACCGUGCUCAUCUAUCGCGUGUGGUUCUCUCGCACCUAUGCGACAGGCACAUACCUCUCGCUGAUCCCCAUUGUCGUCGGCGCGGGCAUGUGUACCGCAGGCGACUACCACUUUACCCUUCUGGGUCUUCUCGUCUCCAUAUCCGGUGUCAUUCUUGCGGCAGUCAAGACCGUCACCACGAAUCGUAUCAUGACCGGCUCCCUCGCCAUGCCCUCGAUGGAACUCCUCUUCCGCAUGGCCCCCUUGGCUGCAGUGCAGUCUCUCUUUUUUGCCGCCGUCUCGGGCGAAAUCCCCGUCUUUCUGCACGCCAUGUCCGAGCGUAAUGCCGAUGGCGCCCUCAGCCGCACGCUGAUCACCGUUGUCUUCAUCGUCGGCAACGGACUUCUCGCCUUCGUGCUGAACAUUGCCUCGUUCCAAACCAACAAGAUUGCCGGUGCCCUCACCAUCACCGUGGCCGGCAACUUGAAACAAGCCAUCACGUUGGCGCUGGGAAUCCUCGUCUUUGCUGAUUUCACCAUCAACGUGCUCAAUGGAUUGGGCAUCUUUUUGGUUUUGGCGGGAUGCGCAUGCUUCAGCAAGGUAGAGCUGGAUUCGAAGCGACGAGCAGCGACGAAAUAG